UGUGUUCAAGUUUCCUUGUUAUUUGUGAUUGAAAACAUUAAAUUCAAAGUCGGAGUUUAUUUGCAUUUAUAAAGUGAUUCGAUUUAAAACAAUACUUUCUUUUAAGCCAUCUCUUUGAACCAAUUAAAAGUAUGUGCAGUGUUCACAUCGGUUUCUAGCUGAAGUUUUGGGACAAAAUUUUGCAAAAAAUAAUAUAUAGCUGUUGACCUUGGUAAAAUUUAAAAGAGCAUUGAUGUGGCACCAAUGGAUCCACCAGCCGAAUGCACUAAGGAGAAAGUUCAGUCCCCGAAUCGAUCGCAGAAAUCUCGGGUGAAAGUCCCAAAAUCUAAGGAAAGGAGUAAUGUUAUGAAGAUGAUGAGAAAUGAACAAAACUGCGCAACAGAUCACAAAAAAGUCAAGAGUAUCAGUAAACUGCCGAGAAUAAUUCGCUCGCCAUCAGCAUUCUACAAGAGAACUAAGAGCAGUCCUAAAUUACGAGAACCAUUGGAUGAUGCAGGUGACGUAGUACCUGGCACGAGCAAAAUGGUGCACUUUCCAACGAACAUUCCAAACGAAGAAUCAUCAAAAGAAGAGAAAUUAAAACCGAGUCAGAUUCCUAGACGCAGAUGUUUAAAAGAAGGAUCAAGAGAUAGCAGUGAAUCAAGAAGAAGAUGCCAUUUUUGUCAAAACAACAAGCAGUUUCUGCCCGAAGGUAGAAACGUGCAGAGAAUUCACAUGCUGAUAAAUCCAGAUUUCUGUCCACCUGAAGAGCACACGCAACCCGCAUCGGUGGCCUCAACGCGACCGAUCCCCACCCUCGGACAGAUUUACGGUCGCAUCAACAUGAUUGAUAGCGAUCGACUUAACGAAUGGUUUAUGGAAAUUAACACACCCCUAAGUUCAGUAUCAGGACGUCCCAGAGCUGUGAAUAGUGAAGACAAUGACUGCAAUGCUAGUACAAUUGCUUCACCAGCAAAUUGCCAUCAAGAAGUUUUAGGAAGAUCGGCAAUACUCUUGGACCGAAAGGACAAGAAUAUGGAAGGUUUCGGUACAGCUGCUACUACAACUCAUGAUACCAUUCACGGCUGGUUUGCUGCUGAUUUAGAGUAUCCAACAAGGGAUAAUGAGUCAGGAUAUCAAACGAUGAGUUAUUCUCCGCCGCAAAAGCUUACGUCUAGAGCGUCAAUAGUUGAUGGUACUAGUGUGAAGACAAACACGACUUUUUGUCUCAUGGACGAAGCUGUGGACGUAGAAAUAUUCACAGCUGAACCGAAUGUCGAAUGUGGCACUGCUACAAGUUCCUUACUAUCAGAACAGCCGACAGUGCUUUUAUGUAAAACACGUGAAAGUAUUAAACAGAAAGUCGAGGAAGGCACUGGCAUGUCUCAUCAUAUUGAUAUAAACACAAAGAAAUCAAGUUCAGAUGAAAAUCUCAAUGAGACUAUUGCAACACCUGGACGUCGUAUGCCUGUUCCAUCGUACACCGAGUGCUUCUCAGAGAUAUUACAAAAGACAACCAAUUUCGAAAACCCGGAUGGCAGUAUACCGAAAACGCCAAGCAGUAUCGCAAUCACGGACAUUGAAGUUCGUGAUAAUCUUUCAAACGAUGGGGCUAUGGACCAAGACGAGCUCUGUAUUCUAGAAGAGCAAUCAAACAUGGAGUGGAGUCGCCAGCACUACAUGCCAACUGCCAACUGCACAUUCACGAAGUCAGAUGGAACAUCCGUCUUCGGCACGGUGAACGACUGGUCAAGCAAAUACAGAAGUGAAGGGAGUGAGGCAUGCACCAAUAGUUCAGACAAUCAUCAAGGUCAUUGGAAUUCAUGGAAACAGGAAAUCAGUAGAAGAUACUUCGACGAUCGUAAUUUAGAUUUCAAAGAGCGUUGCAAAAGGUGUCACCGAUUUAAGAAAUUCCCCAGCAAUAGAUUCAAGACACAAAGACCGGUUGGGCCAUGGCGCCGGCGAAUUUCGUUCCGUCGUAUAUGCCGUCGUCGUUGGAACUACGUUUGGAAGAAAACUGCGGAGCGGUGGGCCUUAUGGUCUUCGAGAUCACCGGCUAAGUUUAGAAAGAUCCGUGUUAUGCAAUGUUUGCAACGCUCCAUCGUAUGGGAAGACGCUGACGCACAAACGACCAUACUUGUUUAUAAUGAAAUGGGCACAGAUAGUGCUCUGGCGGAACGAAAAUCCGCGGCGAUUGGCACGGUUGUGAACAUGAACUCCUGGCAGCCGGCAAGCAAUAAAGAUUCAGUUAACAAGUCUGGUAGCAGGGAUAAGCCGAAGUUUAGGCAUGUGAACCUUGGGCCUUCUAUGUUUCCAUUCCUAUAUGAUUCUAAAAAGAAAUCUCUAUCCCUACAAACAUCAGAUAGGGGUCAAUCGCGACCAAAACUGCUCUACUACACCAACAAGGACGGCAAUCGCAGCGCGAGACAGAGCGACAAUAUCACUUGGAACAUUGAGCACGGCGUCGAUAUGGAACGCAUGGUCAAAAGCUGUCAAUUCGAAGAAUCAAUACCCGGCAACGUGGAGAGAUCGACUAGUUUUUACCAAAUGACCGAUUUUAAUACGUCCGACGUGUUUACAGACACAGAGGACUUGCGGUACUUCAUGAACGAUAAGGUGACGAGCACAACGGUGCGCUUUAACCCGUACCAGCUGAGGAACGCCACGUCUAAGGACGCAUACACACAGAAAGUUAUUACGUGCAAUAACGCAGAAGCUGAUGUGAGAUUCUUUCCUCACUUAGAAAGUAUGUCCACGGGAACACUUACAUCAGGCUGUGAUAUAACAUACUACAGGCCAAUGACAGGCACAGAUAUAACUCACCUAAUAACAGAGACAAGAGCUCAACAAGCACUGUAUCCUAUAUUAAGAAAUUAUCUUCCUCGCACUCCUAACACAGAGACGGUUACCAGACAACCAUCGAACGUUUCAGAGACCGAAACUCAGGUGUCAACAGAAAAAACAGUUCCGAAAGUAUCUUUGGGAGUAGCGACGUCGGUUGUACCACCGAUAGCCAACAGUAACCACAGCAGUAACACCGAAGAUACUUUAAUACAAAAGUCAGUAGAUAGAAAAAAUUGCUCAACUCAAAUACAACCACCAGAAGCGAUUGCAGAGACCCAAAUAUCUCCACGUGCGUCAGUAAGUAAAACCUCGACGGGCAUCUCUCCGUCCAACCCAAAGUUCACGGGAAAGAGGACAUCAUCUUUUAUAUCAGCUUGCGUUUUAAUGGAUAGUGAAACUGAGAAAGAGAGUUAUUCGAUACAAACGUCAUCUCAUAAGCCAAAACUUGCAUGCACAGCAACAAAAAUAAUGUCUAUAUCAUCAAGAGCCUUAACAGACAAAAAUCUUUCGUGUACAGAAAUUACCAUGAACAAGCCUCCACAUAAAAGCACUGGGAACUUAACACAAGCUUUGUGUCCGUGCAAGACCUCCAAAGUGUCAUGUGGUUCAGAUCGAAAGCAUUGUCAUGAGUGCUCGAAGUCGACAUCGUCAAGAGGCCUCGAAUCUUACUAUGAGACAGAAAUAUUAUUAAACAACUUGAUAAAGAAGGCCCUAGUGGGAGUGAAUAGUUCUCCGACCCGCGCCAGCCGGAAAAGGAGCCAUGCAACGACCGGAUCUGACGCGGCCAUCGGCUUCGAGACUAAAGCUACUGGGCCCACUCUGUCAGAAAUGAAACAACUGAUCGACGUCGGAGAUAAGACUGACACGGGAGUACAGUACAGUAUGCUGGACAAGCCAGGGAAACCAGAAAUGGAUUUCCAUGCAUCUGCAACGAAAGCCCAAAGUCAGCUGCUAUCAAUGUGCAUGUUGAACCAACAGACUACUGAUACGAAUACACAAACCGAAUGGAAUGCUGCUCAUUGUGUACCUGUCCCUCCGUCUGUAUGUUCAUCGCCGAAGGAGUCAUCUUGCUGUAGCCAUGCCGAUACAAAACAAAACAUAUCAACUAAAAUAACCAAAACAAUUGCCGAAAAACCAGGAGAGCCAUAUGAUGGCCCAUCGGUGAACAAUACAGAGACCAACACAGACUUAAAGUUUCCGCCAAAUAUUGAACUCGAACUCGACCAAUCUCAGAAAUCUUCGAUUGAUAAAAGACCCGUCGAAGCCUGCAGUUGCUCGACCAGAAAUAAAUCAAUGGCAGAAAUUCAAAACAAUCUUAAUAGCCAACUCAUCUCGUUAUCUCGUAUGAUCGGUAAGAGGAGGCCGACUGCAGCCCUCAACCCUUCCAUUACUGCUUCUGUGUUUACAGCCGAUUAUGGCACCGAUAAGUGGAUGACAUCGGGGAAAAGUAAGUCAACUUUUACGUCUCUGGUCGGUUUUGAGGCUUCUCCUACCAAUGACAUAAAGACAAACACACUGUAUAUAACAAAAGCCUUGCAAUCUGACGAUGAAGAUACCAAUAAAGUAAUCACUAUAGGACCGCCAACAAUAAUUCUGUCAAGGGACAGUCUAGCCGACGUAUUACCAGUCAAAAAAUCGAUUCAUAUAAAUGCAUGUGUGAAGAAAAUGAAUCAGCAACAGUGCGUCAACCGUACAAUGGUUGACAGAGUAACAUCAGAUGAAAAUGUAACAAAAGAUGUGAAAGAGUCUAUGCUACAAGCUUGCCCCGACAUUUGUGAAACAGGAACCGAAUCAGUGUUGCAAGCUUGUCAAAAGAAAUCUGCAAGUGUAUUGACUACCCUAUGUGUUUUGCCGGCACCUCCACUGCUAUGUAAUGCUAAACAAAAAAUGGAAAAACGGGAUACAGAAUGUGUUUUCGUAUACGGUGAACCAAAGUGUGCAGUCCACAAAGAUAACAUUGAUGUUGCAGUGCAAUUUUAUCCUCCAUGCGAUCAGGAAGUGAAUGUGAAGAAACAAUGUGUUAAUCAGUCUGUCGGGGUUCUGAACUCAUACUCCACGAUUAAUGAGGAGAAGAGUCAACGGAAACCUCAUGCUCUGAUAGGAGAGGUUCUGUCACCAAAAGUGUAUAAAGCUCUCUACGAGACCACUAAACUGGUGGUCAAUGAGGAAGUCCCGAAACCUCCUUUCCAAGAAAAGAUCACACGCGUUGAUGCAGAAGUGGAAGCCGCGAAGUUUCAUGUACCGGACGUCAGAUCGGCUGGUGUUGUGACAUCUAAGUACCGUGGCUUUGGUUUCCCACAACGCUGCUACUGCAGGGAUCGGGGUACUCAUCCUAACACAAGUAAGUGGGAUUUGAAACAACUAUAUAAUUUGAAAGAACUUGGACGCAGAAUAUUUUUCUGGAACAAGACUACAAGAUUUACUCAACUUAUACCACGUCAUAUUGUUGGUAACUAGGUACAAGUAACAGGCUUCUCGAGCAAAACAGCGAAAAAUUUCACCUCCUUUUUAUAGACUUUCAAACUAGUAGGAGAAGUCUUCCUUUCCUCUUUCUUGAUGCGAAAUUCUUCUCUGUAUAUUUUUUCUCAGGAUGUGCCCUUUACCAUGUGGCGACAGGAGUAGACGUAGCGGAGAACUCUCCCACGUACACGCAUGCAAGGCUGCUGGAACUCCCAGACGAGAAUAAAAGUAGUUGCGUAGAAGAAUGCAUGAAGACUCACCUGGUGUCAUCUUGCCGUUACUACAGCAGUCUGCUUACGAAACAGCUGGGUCGCGUCAAACAAAACUUUAAAUUACAGUAACUAAACAUCUAGCGCAACCUGUCCACGAGAACUUGUUCGUAAAGCGAUUGCAGUACGAGAACUCUGAAGCUUGUACCAUGAAACCGAGCGGCAAAGAAGAGUUAGCAAGCCAGACAAUCAAAUUUAAACCUAAAUGCAAGCUACGAAGGCACAUGUCUUGUAUUCUCUCCCCCGUUGUCAGUUUAACAGAUAUUUGCAAAAACGAUAAAGGCUUAAAUUCUGUGUAUUACAUGCUAUCGGCGAUUGAAGGUAGAUUGCGACGGCUAAAAAUUAAAUCUCCGUAUUCGGAUAUAUGUCGGUAGAUGUCGCUGUUUCGAGUGUUUCGAAUAUCCGUCGGGUGUUUGUAUGAAGGUUUGUUUAGAAGUACGGAAGUGAUUGUUGGUGUCGCCGAUAGAUGUCGCUAUACUGUGUAGAGCUUGUUCUAUGAAGUAAAAGUUAGAACCAGUUUUUGUUUCACAUAUAUUGUUUCCUGUAACAUUUAUGCCGUAAGUAAUUAAAUUUUAA